UGACGUCAUUAAACGUCGCCGAGUGUGCGGUUCUGGCUAGCGAACGCUAACAACUCGUCGUUUCGAGGCAUAUAUUGUCGAUUUUCUGGUGUUUAUUUUCAAGUAUAUUUCAGCAAAGCAACAGGAAUGUCUCUGGAGACUGUCCCGAAAGAUCUGCGUCAUUUGAGAGCGUGUCUUCUGUGCUCUCUUGUCAAGACCAUUGAUCAGUUUGAGUACGACGGAUGUGAUAACUGUGAAUCAUACCUGCAGAUGAAGGGCAAUCGAGAGAUGGUUUAUGAAUGCACAAGCUCCUCUUUUGAUGGGGUUAUUGCUAUGAUGAGCUCCGAGGACAGUUGGGUGGCAAAAUGGCAAAGAAUCGGUAACUUCAAGCCAGGCGUCUAUGCAGUAACGGUAACGGGUCGGUUACCUCCAGGUGUGGUGCGAGAGCUGAAGAGCAGAGGCGUCAUCUACAGAUCCAGAGACACGGCUGUUAAAACAUGAAAACAGCACUUUAUGAAUCACAUGCUUGUAAAGCUACACAAAUAACCCGCUGUUUAGGGACUGGGCUUCUGUUAUUUCAUCUAAUGUCUUAUGAGUUUCUUUUUUUAUUUACACUUUUUGUGUAUUUGGAUCGAUAAUGGUUUGAUUAUGAAUAAAUGAUUAUUCCAUGUAAAUGAUUUAAACAUGAAUAAAAGCGUUUUGUUUCUGCUCA